AUGUAUUAGGUAUAAAAAAUGAUUUAGUUUUAACCAGAUAUGAAGUUAGAAUGUUAAGAAUAUGAUCAUAAGGAUGAGAUAGAGACGAUUUGUUUCAAUUCAUUUUGUAGUGAAUUUAGAUUAAAUUAUUUUAUAUGUAUUAAGAAGGGAAGAAGCCAUCUUGAUCAUUUAGAUGAUGUUGAAAAAAUCAAUAGUUUGAUGGGAUUUUGGAUGAGAAAAAAAAAAAAAAAUAUAGAAUUUGAUAAUUUGAUUGAUGAUCCAAAUACAUUUGUAGAAAGUCUGAAUCAGUCAUUUUCUUUAUUAAAAAGAGGGAUCAGAUAAAAAUCUUCAUUGCAAAAAGAAAGAAUAAUAAAUUUAAACUCAAAGUAAAUAUAUGACUAUUUGAAUUCAACCCUCAAAUUAAUUGAAUACAAAUAAUCAAUCACAACAAUCAUUUCAGAUUAGACUAUGAAAUUAACUGAUAAAUUCGAUAAUUUAUAUUAAUAAUUAUAAUUAUCGUCAUUUAAUUAUUAAUAAAUUGAUGAUAGAUUAUAUUCUAAGGAGUUAUAUAAUUAAGUUAAUUCGAUGUGAUAAUAUUUAGCUUUUGAUUUAUAUUGGAAGGAUAAAAUUACAGAAGCAAUAGAUAUUUUAGAUCCGUCAAUAUAACAAAAUCCUAAUAAUCUCUAUGGUGCAAAGAUGAAAAUAGUUGAUAAUUAAUAGGAGCAUGUUUAAGACUUUUAAAUAAAUAUGAGGAAGCAAUCAGUUAGCUGGAUAAAGCAUUAGCUAUUGAUCCUAAGCAUAUUAAUUCCUUAGGUGAAAAAGGUAGUUUGAGUUAUAAUUAUAUUAAUAGGAGGAUGCUUAAGAAUAUUGAAAAAAUAUAAUGAGUCUUUAUAAGUAUUGGAUUAAGCACUCUCCAUCAAUCCAAAAAAUACAUUUUCUCUUUAAUCAAAAGGUAUCCAAUCAUCUAAAUUUUUAGGAGGUUGCGUAUAAUGUAUCAAAAAUCACUUCAUAUUAAGAGAUUAAUAACAAUAUAAAUGGCUCUAAUUUAUUAUGAGAAAUCAUUAACCAUUGAUCCGAAUGAUCAAUAUACAAUAAAUCAAAAGGGUAUUCUCAAAUGAUAAAUUAGAAUUUCGCAAAAAGAAAUUAAAUCAAUGAAUGUUAUUAUAAUUAAAAAUAGUCAUUAGAAUAUUUUUCUUAUGAAAUUUUCAUUAUAAUGGAAUUAAAUUAAUCAUAAUAAUAACAAUAAUUAUUAUAAUGA